GAGAGGUGAACAUCAAACAGACUGUUUCAGCAGAUUCUCCCAGAGCUCUCCUAUCCCAGGACGGCAUAGAAGCUUCCUCUUCUUCUCAAGAAAAUGGGGGUGGAUGGUGAAAAUGUAGUUCUAAGGAAUAUUCUGGUUGGUCUCAACUUAAUGCUCCUUGGAUCCAUCUUUAGGCCUUUUGAGUGCCGCCUUGAAGUGAUGACAGAAAGAGUCAAAAGACAGGUGGCUGAUGAGGAAAGCAGCCUUGUCAACUACACCACACCUAUCAAAGAGCAACCCAUGGUCUUCAGCCAUAUAUACAACAUUAAUGUGCCUCUGGAAAGUCUCUGUUCAACAUCACUAGAGGCUUCAUCUGAUCCAGAGGUGAGUUCAGAAGAUGACCGGAUGACAGAAUACACGGAGCAGACCUCUGACAGUGAGAGCCAGGUCACCUUUACCCACAAGAUAAACCUUCCCAAACAGACUUGCAGGUGUGCCGCUUCCUCCCGGAACAUACAGGAGCUGCUGAGCAGAAUUGAGAUGCUGGAGAGGGAGGUGUCCAUUCUCCGGGAUCAGUGCAACUCCAAUUGCUGUCAAGACAAUGCAGCCACAGGGCAGCUGGAUUACAUCCCUCACUGCAGUGGCCAUGGGAACUUUAGCCUGGAGUCCUGUGGCUGCAUUUGCAAUGAAGGUUGGACUGGGAAGAACUGUUCGGAGCCCCUCUGCCCCAUGGGCUGUUCCAGCCGGGGUGUGUGCGUGGAUGGCCAGUGUAUCUGUGAUGGCGAUUAUAGUGGGGAAGACUGCUCCGAGGCCCGCUGUCCAACUGACUGCAGCUUCCGAGGGCUCUGUGUAGAUGGAGAAUGCAUCUGUGAAGAGGGCUUUGCUGGUGAAGACUGCAGUGAACUCAGAUGUCCUGCAGACUGCUCAGGGAAGGGGAAGUGUGCCAACGGGACUUGCAUUUGCCAGGAGGGCUAUGUAGGGGAAGACUGUGGACAACUGAGAUGCCUCAAUGCCUGCAGUGGCCGUGGAUCUUGCCAGGAGGGCCUGUGCUCUUGUGAAGAAGGCUACCAGGGGCAAGACUGCUCAGCAGUUGCUCCACCAGAGAGUCUGCGUGUGGCUGCAAUCGGUGACAGGUCCAUUGACCUCGAAUGGGAUGGGCCAAUGGCAGUGACUGAAUAUAUGAUUUCCUACCAACCAGCAGUGCCAGGGGGUCUGCAGCUUCAGCAACGGGUACCUGGGGACUGGAGCAGUGUCAGUAUCAAGGAGCUGGAGCCAGGCCUGACAUACAACAUCAGUGUCUUUGCUGUUAUCAGUGACGUGCUCAGUGCCCCUGUCAGUGUCAAGGUGGCCACCCAACUUUCUACUCCACAAGGGCUGCAGUUCAAAACAAUUACAGAGACCACCGUGGAGAUGCAGUGGGAGCCCUUUUCCUUCUUGUUUGAUGGCUGGGAGAUCAGUUUCAUUCCCAAGGACAAUGAAGGGGGUGUAAUUGCACAGCUUCCUAGCAGUGUGACAACCUUCAACCAGACGGGGCUGAAACCGGGUGAGGAGUACACAGUCAAUGUGAUAGCCCUCAAGGAACAAGCCCGAAGUCCACCCACCUCAGCCAGUGUGUCAACUUUAAUUGAUGGGCCUACCCAGAUAUUGGUGCGAGAUGUCUCAGACACAGUGGCCUUUGUUGAAUGGACUCCACCUCGGGCUAAAGUUGACUACAUUCUUCUGAAGUAUGGCCUAGAGAAUGAGGAAGGAGGAAAGACCACCUUCCGGCUACAGCCUCCCCUGAGUCAGUAUUCCAUGCAGGCCCUACGACCAGGCUCAAAAUAUGAAGUCUCUAUUGCUGCUGUCCGUGGGACCAAUGAAAGUGAUGCUGCGGUCACCCACUUUGUAACAGAAAUCGAUGCUCCCAAGAACUUGCAUGUUGUCUCUCGGACAUCAGACCGCCUAGAGCUUGAAUGGGAUAACAGUGAGGCAGAGGUGGCGACCUUCAAGGUAGUGUACAGCACUCUGGCAGGCGAACAGUACCAUGAGGUUCUGGUGCCUCGGAGUCCAGGCAUCACAACCAGAACCACUCUCACAGAUCUGAUACCAGGUACUGAAUAUGGAGUUGGGAUUUCAGCUGUAAUGGAUGGCAAGCAAAGUGUUCCAGCUACUAUGAAUGCAAGGACAGAGCUCGACAGCCCUCAUGAACUCAUAGUGACAGCAUCCACGGAGACAUCCAUUUCUGUGUCCUGGACGAAAGCCAAGGGCCCCAUUGAUCACUAUCGAGUCACCAUCAUCCCUGCUUCAGGAAUGGCAUCUGAGGUUACCGUUGCCAAGGACAAGUCUGAGCUUACACUGUCAGACUUGGAACCCGGGACUGAAUAUACUAUCUCUGUCACUGCUGAGAGAGGCCGUCAGCAAAGCCUUGAGAUCACAGUGGAUGCCUUUACAGGGUUCCGACCAAUCACGCAGCUUCACUUUUCUCAUGUGACUUCCUCCAGUGUGAACAUCACUUGGAGUGAUCCCUCUCCUCCAGCAGAUAAGCUGAUCCUGAACUACACCCCGAGAGACAAAGAGGAAACCAAGCAAGUGAUGCUGGAUCCUACCAAGAGACAUGCCGCCUUGAUGGGCCUGCAACCCUCCACAGAGUACAUUGUCUCCUUGGUGGCUGUGCAUGGCCCUGUCAGCUCUGAGCCCAUCAUUGGCUCCGUCACAACAGGGAUUGAUCCACCUAGGAACCUGACCAUUGACAAUGUCACUACAGAUUCUGUGACAUUCCACUGGGCCCCUCCUAUUGCACAUUUUGACCACUAUAGGAUAGCCUGCAAAUCUGCUCAAGGACGAGUGGACAGCAUAGUUGUUGCCAAAGGUGUCACUGAAUACAUCCUCAGCCACCUGCAGCCUGCUACCGAAUAUGAGAUUCUCCUGAAGAGUGUACGAGGCAGAGAGGAAAGUGAACCUCUCUCACGCAUCAUGUAUACAGCCAUGGAUAAUCCAGAGAGUUUGACUGCCAUGAACAUCACCCCAACAGAAGCCCUACUGAAAUGGGAGCCACCCAUGACUGAAGUUGAGAAUUAUGUCAUUGUGCUGACACAUGACACAGUUGCAGGAGAGACUAUUUUAGUGGAUGGUAGCAAUCAAGAGUAUCAGCUUACCAAUUUGCUCCCCAGUACCAGCUAUGGAGUCACCAUGUAUGCCACCAAUGGGCCUGUCACCAGCAGAACCAUCUUCACUAAUUUUACCACUUUUUUGGAUCCUCCAUCAAAUCUAACAGCAAGUGAAGUGACUCGGCGGAGUGCACUUCUUUCCUGGCUGCCUCCUAUAGCUGAGAUUGAGAACUACAUCAUGACCUAUCGGUCACCUGAUGGAAGCCGCAAGGAGCUGAUUGUGGAUGCAGAGGACACUUGGAUCCGCCUAGAAGGGCUUUCAGAAAACACAGAAUAUACAGUGCGCCUGCAAGCAGCCCAGGAUGCUGUAAGGAGUGGGUUCACUUCCACCAUAUUCACAACAGGAGGCCGUGUAUUUAUGAAUCCUCAGGACUGUGCCCAGCAUUUGAUGAAUGGUGACACACUGAGCGGUGUUUAUACUAUCUCCCUGAAUGGGGACCUCAGCCAGAGAAUACAAGUGUACUGUGAUAUGACCACAGAUGGCGGUGGAUGGAUUGUGUUCCAGAGGCGGCUGAAUGGGCUGACAGAUUUCUUUCGGAAGUGGGCAGAGUAUCGCAUUGGCUUUGGAAACCUAGAGGAUGAGUUCUGGCUUGGGCUAGAUAAUAUGCACAAGAUCACUUCACAAGGACGUUAUGAACUGCGGAUAGAUAUGCGAGAUGGCCAGGAAACAGCCUAUGCAUAUUAUGACAAGUUCACUGUUGGAGAUGCCAGAAGUCUUUACAAGCUCCGGAUAGGGGACUACAAUGGCACUGCUGGGGAUUCACUCACCUAUCAUCAGGGACGUCCAUUUUCCACCAAAGACAGGGAUAAUGAUGUCGCUGUCACAAACUGUGCCAUGUCAUACAAAGGGGCCUGGUGGUACAAGAAUUGCCACCGGACCAACCUCAACGGCAAGUAUGGAGAGUCUCGACACAGCCAGGGAAUUAAUUGGUAUCACUGGAAAGGACAUGAAUUCUCCAUACCCUUUGUGGAAAUGAAGAUGCGACCCUACAACCAUCGCAACACCUUGGGAAGGAAACGGAGGUCUAUGCAGCAGUGA